AUGUCGCCUGGCCAAUCGCGCGCCGCCACCUCAGCAACCGCCGCCUCCGCGCCCAAUCCCCGCCGGCCACGUCGCCCUCAGCCCCCUCUCCACCGCCCGCGGCCCGUGGGGCCCGAGGCCGGCCCGCCCGGGCCCGGCCACCGCCCGCGCCCGUCCCCGCGGCUCCUCCCAAGCGCCGCCCUAGCGUCCGCCGUUCGCCGCCGGCACCGCCCGCCCCGCGACCUCCGCCGCCUCUCCCGCUCGCCGCCGGCCGGCCGGAUCCGGCGAGAUCCGACCCGGAGGAGCCUCGCCGCCGCCCAAUUUCGCCGGAGCCCUCACCGGCCGGAUCCACCGCAAGCCGGACCAGAUCCACCACUCACUCCAUCCAAACGCGCCCUCGUCGCCCGGAUCCCUCCGUCCCGGGACAUCCUCGAACAGUUUUUCGCGGGGUAA